GACUCAGACACAGGGGCUGCCAGACAGUCACCAGCACCAGCACCAGCACCAGCACCACCAGGAUGGGGAAAUGGGCUCUGACUGCAGCCAAACUGCCUUCAGAGCUCCACUGGCUGUAGCCUACUGCCAAGUUGUUGCAGUGGCCUUUCACGGCUCCAGUCGGCCACAAUACAGAACAGAGCUUGUGAAGCAGGCUGGUGGUGAAGAACAGUUGGGUAAAGCUUGACCUCCUGUUGGCCAUCGCCAUAAAGGAAAUAUCAGCCUGAGGUCACUUGGAAAAUGUAUUAGGAAAUUAUUAGGCCGUUCCUAUGGAAAUUCUGAAAUGACUUUUCCCCUUAAACUUCUUUUUCAUAAUCUAAUUUUGUUGCCACUCCCUAUGUAGGCUGUGCUUAAUUAAUUUGCAGUGUGAUACAGUUUAUGACAAAACAGAACUAUGCAAUUUUCCAUUUGUUCCAAAAAAAAAGAAAAGAAAAGAAAAGAAAAAGUCAAACUGGGACGGACGGUCAUGAGACUGCGAGGCCCGCCGCCAGCUGGCCGGAGAGAGCAUCUUUGAUGUGUGACACACCGGGGAGACGCCUGCACCAAGCCGACUCUCACAGACUGGAAGAAAUAUAAAAACACUGUCUCAUUCCACUGCAAUGUUGAGUCUCAUCCCUUUGGUGAAAUGCAAUCGACUUCAAAGUUGAUUCAAAGCUCAAAAAUGGGGACUUAAAGACAGCGCUGGGCUAACUUCUGAGCGCCGUACCCCCCUCUCCUCUGCACUCUUCAUCAUGAGGCUGUGGGGCAGAGCUACAGCUGUCCGGAGGAGGAUGCUCUGCCUCUGGCUGCUGCUCCUCGGGUUCGCCCUGGUUACUCUGGCGCUCUCGGAUUUCUUUAACCGAGACUGGGACCACAGUUAUCAGAAACCUGGCCCUCCCGGCCGCCCCCUUCAGCGCAUUCACAGUGCACCGGACUUGGAGGUCAUCGUGGACUCCCGGGACCCUGCAUUAGAGCUCGGUGUCGAUCUCGCCCCGCUAAAAUCUCUGCAAGAAGACCAACUUUUAUUCGUGCCAUCGACGCAGGGCACCAAGAACCCGCCGCAGAAGAAGGGGAGUUACAAGGUGCUUCUGCCCGGAGCAAACAAGGAUACCCGCGACCCUGCGCCUCCGACGCACGGUGAAAUGGGGAAAGCAGUACGGUUACACCUGGAGGGUAUGGAGAGGGAUAUGGAGAUUUCUGCGGUGCAGAAGUACGGUUUCAACGAGGUGGUCAGCGAGAGGAUAUCACUGCAUCGCAGGCUGCCUGAGGCGCGCCAUCCUGAGUGUUUAGGGGAGCAGUACAGCGAGUCGCUACCAUCGGCCACUGUUGUUAUCUGUUUCCAUGACGAGGCUUGGUCCACGCUCCUGCGCACCGUGCACAGCGUGCUGGACACUGCACCCAAACAGUAUCUGCAGGAGGUUCUGCUGGUGGACGACCUGAGCCAGCACGGUCACCUGAAGAGUGUGCUAAGUGAGUAUGUGUCUCAUCUGGACAGGGUGCGUUUGAUUCGCAGCACCAGGCGCCUGGGCGUUGGAGGGUGCCGUGCUCUGGGUGCUGCCAGAGCUGCAGGGGAGGUGCUGGUGUUCAUGGACUCCCACUGUGAAUGCCAGAAGGGCUGGCUGGAACCGCUGCUUGAGAGAGUGGCCCAGGACAGGACCAGAGUGGUGUCCCCCAUCAUGGAUGUGAUAGACUGGCAGACCUUUCAGUACAAUGCCACCCAGUGGCCAGUUAGGGGAGUGUUCGACUGGAGACUUGACUUCUAUUGGGAAUCUAGCCCUCAGCUGCAAGAUAAGGACCCAGACUCAGCUGUUCAGCCUGUGCGGAGCCCAGCAUUAGGAGGCGGAGUUGUGGCCGUCGAUAGACACUUCUUCCAGAGUGUGGGAGCCUAUGACCCGGGGAUGCUGCUGUGGGGGGAGGAACAAAUUGAGCUGUCGAUCAGGGUGUGGUCAUGCGGGGGCUCCAUGGAGGUGGUUCCCUGCUCCCGUGUGGCCCACCUAGACCACCACCACCUGCCCUACCACUUCCCGGACCAGGAGCUGCUUCAGAGGAACAAGAUCCGGAUCGCAGACACCUGGAUGGAUGCAUACAGGAAGAUCUUCUAUAGGAGAGACACUCUUGCUCAUUUCAUCAGGCAGUCUGAGAGCCCUAACAUCACAGAGCGUCUGCGGCUUAAGAGGAAUUUGGGCUGUAGGAACUUCCACUGGUACCUGACUACAGUUUAUCCACAACUUUACAUCCCCCAGGACAGACCUGCACUGUCAGGCGAGCUGUACAAUGUCGGCACUGGCAGCUGUGCAGACUACCCCCGAGGGCAGGGACUGCAGGGUGGGGCCAUGAACGUAGCAUCGUGCAGUGGGACGGGCAGCCAGCACUGCGAUCUAAACUCUGAGUUUGAAGUGCGAUGGGGUCCCAUGGGGGCUUUGUGUUUGGACGCCAAGGGAGAGAGGGUGGUCUUAUCUCCAUGCCCCACACACCGACCAACCAACAGCAGACUCCAGUGGAAGUUCAUAAAGCUGAGCGGUCAACUCGUUCACCAACAGUCCCAGUUAUGUCUGGAGGUUGUAAAGGAGGGAGGGCUCCCACAAAGCAGCCCAAGCGAAGUCAACACCAACACAGGAGGCCUCUUCCUGCGCCCCUGCACCCACCACCCCAGACAACAGUGGCACUUUGAGCAACUAGUAGCUCCUAAAGGUGCCUGAUACAGAAAGCACAGAAGAAUGAAUGGAUUUGUAAGAUGUACAUCCUAGGCACAUAUUAUCACUAUGCAUAGUGGCAUACAGUAGUAAUAGUUUUUUGGCUCCACUUUGCCACUCAGCUUUUUUGUUCCUGUUUUAAGGAUUGCAAAUACAAUUUAUUGUGUUAAAUAAUUAACAACAGAUUAUCAAAAAUAAGUUGAUUAUGUUAAAACCAAGUCUUUAUUUAAAACUGCUUUUUUAGGAAUAUAUAUUAUUGUAUUGUAUUUAUGUGCAUUUAAUCAUAUAAAGUGUGAAAAACAUGUAGAGAAAAUUAUCUUAAAUGAUCUUUUACUUCAGUAAAUGCUUUCAUUAAUUCAUGUGUAAAUGUUUUUGUGCACAUUUCUGAAAGAUCUGAAGUUUUCAGCAGACAGAAUCACAUUAAAAACCAAUACAUCUCUAUCGACUGACCUAAGGUUGGAUGGAAAUUAUGAAAUUAUGAAGAAUUGGCUAGUGUCAAGUAGUGGACAGUACCAAAAAUCUGUAUGUAUGCUAUCCCUACGGUUACAUUGUCAUUUGCCCAAAUUCCCCUUUGCCUCUGGUAGAUUUCAGUCUAUUAGAACUUUUAACCUCUACACCACCACUACACCCUUCCUCUCUUGUUAUCUUAAAGUGAAGUAAGAAUAAAAAAAAUUAUUUCACACUAAGAAGAGAAGCCUACAAACAUACUCAAAUAUGCACUGAAAGGUAACUGCCUGUAGCCUAUAGGCCUACAGUUAAGCUAGCUAGUUGAUCUGCAGCUAUAAACCACAGGACAGUUAUUAUAUGAAGGACCAAAAAGUAGAUUUUUAUUUUUGUGUUCUCUUGGUCUGGGUCUGUUUUUCAUGGUUUGGGCUACAAUUAAGGGUCUAAACCAUGUUACAAUUAAAGGAAAUCUUAAUGCUACAGAAUGCAAUGACAUUCAAGACAAGAGUGUGGCAAUAGUUUGGAAAAGGCCCUCCAACAAUCACUCAGGGGAUAAUGUUCAGGUGUCAAUGGGAUAAUGUUCAAAUUUUACUCAAGUAAAAGUACUUAUGUAAAAUUGUACUUAGAUAAAAGUAAAAAGUAGAUCAGUUAAAAUGUAGGUUACUCUGAGUAAACUGCGUUACAUUAAAAGAAAGCAAAAAAAUGUAAAUAAAACAUCACCAAAGCAGACAACACAGAGAUGUAUAAACAAUACAAACAAAGCAAGCUGCAGCCCACAAUCCCAUAAGCAAAGGAGAAACUUAGUUUUUACACACUCUUUAGUGCACAAACACAAAGCUGUGUUGCUAGGCAACACAGUGGCUGCUGACACUCUGAUUGUCAUUCUGUUGUGCACCGCGAAGUCCUCCACAGUCUGCUCUAGAUUCAACUUCUCGUUUAUCGGUCUUGCUCAUUCUCAAAGCACAAUUUAACCAGUCCACUCAGUCUCUCUGUCCCACUAUAACCAGUCCACUCAGCCUCUCCGUCCCACUAUAACCAGUCCACUCAGCCUCUCUGUCCCACUAUAACCAGUCCACUCAGCCUCU